GGGGCUGUUGAUAUCAAUAUGGCGGUUGUCAGCCAGACAAAGACAGUCAGUCUGAUGUGAUUGAGACAAGGGAGAUUUUCAGGGGGAGACUGGGAGAUAGGGGCCUCCCCUCCCCCUUCUCCUCUUCCUGCGCGGACCUCAACCCCUCCCCAGGCCCCUCCCGCCUGGCGCCCCACGCGGAAGACACCCCUCCCCCUCCCGCUUUCCCCUCCUCCCUAUCUCAGCCCUUAGUACUGGGACGUUGGGGAGGGGGCUGUGUCGCGCGGAGAGAACUCAGCAACGAUUCCGAGGGUUCUUUCUAGAUUUUGGUCAUUGUUUGAAGAGGAAAGGGGAACAUGAUCAUAGAUAUUAAUGGUAAAUAACGCCGGUCAUCUCUAGAAAGGAUAUUGAUUCACCUCAUGUAAAGUAUGCUCAGUUCCUUCCCAGUGGUAUAGGGAUCUACGAGGUCUGUCCAGAAAGUAUCCAGCCAUGUCCUAUGAAAAAUAGAGGCAUUUAUUGAAGAAGAUACAAGAUACAUUGAUACAAGAUACAUUGUACAUAGGACAAUGACCCUUCAGUCCCCUUUAAGUUUGUUGGAAACCAUGUCUCACUAUACAGAUGAACCCAGAUUUACCAUAGAACAGAUAGAUCUGCUUCAGCGCCUUCGGCGUACUGGAAUGACUAAACAUGAAAUUCUCCAUGCCUUGGAAACUUUGGACCGACUUGAUCAAGAGCAUAGUGACAAGUUUGGAAGAAGAUCCAGCUAUGGGGGAAAUUCAUACGGGAAUAGUACCAACAAUGUUGCAGCCUCUUCCUCUACAGCUACAGCUUCCACACAGACCCAGCAUUCGGGAAUGUCCCCAUCACCUAGCAACAGUUAUGAUACCUCCCCACAGCCUUGCACUACCAAUCAAAAUGGGAGGGAGAAUAACGAGCGGUUGUCCACGUCCAAUGGAAAGAUGUCACCAACUCGCUACCAUGCAAACAGCAUGGGUCAGAGGUCAUACAGUUUUGAAGCCUCAGAAGAAGACCUUGAUGUAGAUGAUAAAGUGGAGGAAUUAAUGAGGAGGGACAGCAGUGUGAUAAAAGAGGAAAUCAAAGCCUUUCUUGCCAAUCGGAGGAUUUCCCAAGCAGUUGUUGCACAGGUAACAGGUAUCAGUCAGAGCCGGAUCUCUCACUGGCUGUUGCAACAAGGAUCAGACCUGAGUGAACAGAAGAAGAGGGCGUUUUACCGAUGGUAUCAACUUGAGAAGACAAACCCUGGGGCUACGCUAAGUAUGAGACCAGCCCCUAUUCCAAUAGAAGACCCCGAAUGGAGACAAACGCCUCCCCCAGUCUCGGCUACAUCCGGCACCUUCCGACUGCGACGAGGAAGUCGAUUCACCUGGAGAAAGGAGUGCCUGGCUGUCAUGGAAAGUUACUUCAAUGAGAAUCAAUACCCAGAUGAAGCAAAGAGAGAAGAAAUUGCGAAUGCUUGCAAUGCAGUCAUACAGAAGCCCGGCAAAAAACUGUCAGAUCUGGAACGAGUUACCUCCCUGAAAGUUUAUAACUGGUUUGCUAACAGGCGGAAGGAGAUCAAGAGGAGAGCCAAUAUCGAAGCAGCAAUCCUGGAGAGUCAUGGGAUAGACGUGCAGAGUCCAGGAGGCCACUCAAACAGCGAUGACGUCGACGGGAACGACUAUUCAGAGCAGGAUACUUGGCAAGUACGCAAUGGGGAGGAGGAGGAGGGAAGAAGUUCAGAGGGAGGCAGAGAAGCAGAGAAGGAUGACAACACUAGCCAUAGUGACCACCAGGACCCCAUCUCAUUAGCUGUGGAAAUGGCAGCAGUCAACCACACUAUCUUGGCCUUGGCCCGACAAGGAGCCAACGAAAUCAAGACAGAGGCCCUGGAUGAUGACUGAUCAGGGAGGGUGGACACGAGGCGUUACCUUAGUUUAGACGUAGCACCUUAGCAGACUUUCCUCGGUCCUUAACAUGUGUUCUUACAGUAUAACUUGCAGUCUCUUGUAUGUCAGUUAGCCGUUAGGGUCUUCUUGUUCCGUGAAGAUGGCAUGGUGCCCUCAGCCUUCGCAUAUACUCUCAGUAUUAACUCCCAGUAAGUAAUAAGCAACCGACCGACCAGACUUCCUCUCCCAGCCCCCGAGGCUAGAAAAUCUUGCUGCUCUGUCUUAGCAUUCCAAGAAAGUGCUUCCAGGUAUUUAGAUAGCCCUCAGUUCUCAAAUAUCAGGCCGUGUGUGAAACCUUGGGUACCUUCAGAUUCCUGUAACACUAGUCUGUGCCCCUUUCCUUCCUCAAGACUGACAGGGCGCAAGCUGAAGGGGUGUGGCCCAGGACCGACAGACCCCAUCUGGGCAGUGUCCGCGGAGUAGAGGGAACACUAGCGGCCCACCUCCGAGUGGGGCACCGGGUUUGCAGCUGCAAUAAGCCGUGCCUCGUCAUAGUCACGCUGUGGCUAGAUCACACUUCUCUGGGUGCUGUGCUAAGAGUGUCCGUGGAAAGACCGAGUCUCAGAUUUUGGUUGGAGUUAACAUGCCUGACACAGACAUCCAUUCCUCUCACAAGCUGUGCGGCUUAGUAGAUAAAAUACUGCCUUCUGCCUUUGGGACCACAAUUAAACAGCAAAAGACACAACUAGAAGUUACUUAAAAACACACCCCGGCUUGAGAGGCAGUGGAGGAAGCCAGCCGCGCGGGUGAAGGCACCGAGUCCAGCUCGCGGAGCCGCUGCCCGCCAGGGAAGGUGCCGCAGGGCCUCCCACAAGUUGCUUUGCCUCCUGUCCGUGUCCCCUGUCCCUGCCGCCAACAAAAGUCUGUCAAGGAUGGAGCUGAGGUAAAAAAUGAGUGAAAGAACUUUCGGUCUUUGUACCCAUUAACUGAAGGCCCCUCAGUAGCCGAGGUUGGUGGGGGACUUUCUAGUGGGAUUUUGCCGACUGACUAUCACAAAUGCAAAUACUUCCGCAGUAGGAGCCGGAAAAAAGGGCAUUUGCCACUUACGUGGUGGGUCUGUGAGAUGUGACGGGAUGUGACUGCUCUGGUGUGCUUUUUACUCUGUCCUUGUAGAGGUGUGGAAAGCUAUAUUGCUACAGGCAAUUUAUUUAAUAAUUGGAAGCCAUAUUGAUAAUGGAUGUGGUAAUAUUUGUAAAGUUUAAUCUACUUUAAGCAGCAGUGACUAAUGUAAUUUUUUUCCUUGAUCACAUAUGUAGCACUUUUGUUACUUUUUUAGAGAUAUUUAUAUUUGAUAAAUCUUUUUUUCAUUUUGAGAACUCAAAAUACCAAACAGUGAACUUGCGUUAUAAAGUCACCCUGUGAUCACCUUGUCAUCCAGCAGCAAAAUGAUGAACUGUUCAUGCAUCAAAGAAAAUUACAUCUGCCGGCCUUGUAUGAAAACGAUCUCUCAGCAUCUCGAUUAAAUGACACCCUGUCGCUGUGGGUAAGGGAAGCAGCCCCCCUCCCCCCGCGUCAGCCUAGGGUGUGUCCGGAACAGCAGGACUGCUGCGUGGUUUCCGCCUGUCUGUGCGCGUGGGAGCCUUGUUGAGAGGGGACUCCGGGGCUGGCUGUUACGCAGCUUCUGUCUUCUCGUGUGUAAUUACCUGAAGGUUUCUAAGAUAGAUGGAAGGUGCCAUUUCCUGGCCUUCCUCCCCUUGAAAUGUAUUCAACUUAACACCUUUGAGAGAGGGUGAAACUUACUGACCUUCCUCACUUUUCUUUCCUCCUUGUUAGUGAGACAGUUUUCCACUGGCACAGGCCAACGGGGCCGGCUCCGCGGCUGCCCCUCCUGCUGCAUCGGCGUGUGGGGGCCCUUGGGUGGGCUUGGAGAUGCCACUGUGGGAGUGUCUGUGACUCAGAAGAGCUGUCUGCAGGGCCUGGCCUGCCCUUGUGCGUGAUUUCAGAGGGAACGUGUAUAUACUUUUGCAGCUCCCAAGAAUUUAAGUAGAAUGAAGUAGCCUUUUCUGUUUUACUGAAUUUACUUGAACCAACAAAUUCAAGAGUAGCAUUUGUUAUUCUCAGGAAUGGCCUCCCAGUCAUUUUCUUUCCUGGUGUGUCUGACUUAUUUCCACUAGGAGAUUGUGUUCUCUCUCUUUCCUUUUACACUACUUAGAAGAAAUAUAACAUUGUAUCUUU